GACAAAAGCAAACAGAACUUUGCUGAUCAAUUCCACUAAAUUAACAUAUUUCACCAUGGAUAUCACGCCAGGUGAUGGCUUUGGUCGCAGUAUAUUAUCUAAGGUUCCCGAUCCCCAAGCAUUGUUUCCUCUCCCCGGUGGAUCAUUGUUGAAAUUUCACCGAUUUUUUUUUUGUUCCAUCGCCUCAGGUAUGCCUCAGCGGUGAAUUUGACUCAGUCACUGUUGUCUUAAAUUGACUGAAGAAUUUUCUGAUCGAGAUUCGUAGUCAUGUCUAAAGAGAGUUACUUAAUGAUGAUAGUCUUUGUUGGCUGUUUGGCCGCUGUUGUCUACAAACAACACGAAGGAAUCGACAUCAAAUCGCUCUGGGGAAGGUUGCUUCAAAGACUGGUAGCAAUACACGGCGAAAUACCCUGUCAAGAAGGAAGCGAAGACGAUUAUUGUGUGAAAUCAAAUUUCGAGGAAGUUUCGAAAGAUGAACCAUCGACUAAUGCUCAGGAUAUAAAUUCAAAACAUAGUGAUGAAAGUAAAGUUUUCUUUGAGUCAGAUGCAACAGCAACUUUCACAAAAGAACAGCCAAAUACAAGGCAAAAUGGAAACAUUGUUUCAGAAGAAAAGAAAACGUCAAACAAUAAUGAAAACAACACUAAGUGGGGCCAUAUGAAAAAACUGGGCGAGCAUGGCUCAGUUAUCAUUGAGGGAGAAAUUGAAGAACUUAGUUUUGUUCCUAAUGGCAAAGAUUUCUAUGAACACUUUCUACGAAAACGAAGGCCUUUGAUUAUGCGAGAAGCUAUAAAGAACUGGCCCGCGGUGAAACAUUGGGCAAACGAAAGUUAUCUACAAGCAAAAUACGGCGAUGUCAUCUUCGAUAUUCAGCUAACUAAAAAAUAUGAAGGAGAAUUCCCCGCAAAGAGAACUAUGAAUCUCACCGAAUUUCUUCGAAUUUACAAAAGCAAACAGGUCUAUUUAGAUUGCCCGUUUCCCCACAGUGAUAUGAUCCAGGAUAUAUUUGUACCAUAUUGUUUGCAGUGCGAAGAAAUCAUGGAAAGUAUUGCCAGUACGCAUUUGCUUUUUAGCAGCGGAAAUACAAGCUCCAGCUGCCAUAUGGAUGGUUAUGAAAAUCUGUUAAGUGUUAUCGCGGGGAAAAAGGAAGUUUUGGUGGCAGAUCCGAAGUUUGUGGAAUAUUUUUAUCCACGCAACCACACGACUGUCAAUAUUGAAUCACCGAUCGACCCUGAAGCAGUUGAUUUGAAGAAGUUUCCUAAACUUGCUGAAAUUCCCUUCCACAAGGUAAGCCGAUGAAGAGUCAAACUACGUUUUUUUUGACAAUCAUAAAUAUUUUAGCAACCUACGGAAAAUAGAGUUACUAUUAUUUCUGAGGGUACACAAGAGAAGUAAAAACAGUGGUAAUAAAUAUAUAACCAGCAGGGUUCAAUGCAAUUUAAUUUGUGCGGCUGUGACUGUAACGUUACGUUUAUCUCCGCUGUCGUGACCAUUUAUUAAGACCAUUUAUUAAUUUUUCGCUGCUUCUCGGUACUACAUGCAGUUAUGCGCGUUUGCAUUCUAUAUUUCUUACAAGUCAAUACAUGUAAAUAUUAACAAAGGAGGAAUCUUCUCUCUUUCCCUUCAUUAGCAAAGAUAAUUAAGUAUAAUGCUUGGUAACCAUGGACAACGUUUUGUUCUAUUGAUACUGUCUAUUUAAUAAAUGUAGAAUAAUCGUAAACCGUAACAUAAAACCGUUAUAGUUUCAAAUUGGAAAGUUGAAGCUGGUGUUAUAAUUUGUAUUGGUUACAAAUAAUCUCAAGAUUAUACUCAUUCUCUCUUGAUUAUAACAAUAGGAACUUGACAACAAAUGUGUAACAGAGUAACCACAAUAGACAACUCCGUGUACUAGGACAGUCCUGAUCGUGCUCGGCAACUUUUGAUCAACUUUUGGCGUUUGAGCACUUUUUGCCGUCCUACUAGCAACCUUGAGCAAGUUUUGCAUUUCUGAGAAAAUUGUCUUUUUUUUUUUGGAAAAAUACAGGUUUAGGAGACAUAUCAAGCUCGAAAAAGUCAACCAUUUCGUAGAAACUACAGUUUAUGCGAAUUUCAUUUCAUAAGAGGCCUCAAACGCAGUCAAAAAAUCGCUCAAUUAUAGAGAAAAUGAACAAUCAUACAAUGUCGCAAAAAUCUCUCUUUUAUUAUGAAUAAAUUAGCUAAGUAGGCUAAGUAAGCUUGGGUAUGCUAAGUUUCAAGCUGUUCUCUUGACCGAUGUUAGUAUAUCAUGGUGAAGAACGAAAAAAUAAAGCUUUUAGUUAACGUUUGGGUAAAAAUAGCAAGAAUUAUAGAUAGAAACGUUUUGGAUUUUUGGCAAUUUUUUAGCAACUUUUUGGCAUUCCAGUAACUAACUUUCCAGCAUUUUUCGAACACAAUCGGUACAGGCCUAAUCCUGGCGUAUGAUAUUGCAGGCCUUCUCCGGGGCCCAUGCAUGGGACAAAGGGUGCGUGGAGGAAAAACUGUAAUAUGUAGUAAAAUUAAAACCAGGGCACCUGACUGAGCAGCCCUAAGGAUUAAUUGCGGUAUUGACCCAAUCCUAAACAAGUAACUACACGUUCACCGGAAAAAAAGCUAAUUACUAUACUGUAAUUUCAAACCCUAUAAAUCAUUCGCAGUGCCUCACCCUAUCUCCUGUCUAUUAGGUAUGAACAAUGAUCUAGACUCAUUAGCGAAAGGACACUGAAUUCAAAAUUUGUGUUUUGAACUAAAGUAUUUUAAUAUAGGCCGGAUCACAAAUUCUACACGAAGGUUUUGUUGUUGUGGUUUGUUUAGUUAAUUAAAGCUGGCGCGAGAAAAAAGGAAAGAAGCGUCAGUAGACUUCAUUUGGAAAAGAUUUUUAAGUCCGCCUCCUCUACGCCAACGUCUCGAUCACCUUCGCCUUCACGUCCUUCACCAUACCAAUUAUUGGACCAGAGAUAUUGAAGAAAUACUAUACAGAUGCUCUCACUUCUUAAAAAAUCCAUACUGUAGUCGGCGCCAAAUUAGGGUUGAUAUCCACUCAGACUAUUUCAAAUCUGAAAGCCGAGCCAGUGGAAAAAGGUCGAAAGCUAAAACAAACUGAUCGAUCCAUUUAUUUUUGGCUUCUCUAUCCACCCGUUUCGGUAAUCAAUGUACGUAGGGGUAGACCACAUUAUUGGUAAAACGCUAACAAGAGCAUCAACACACUAAUGCAAACCAUCAGCUAAAGCUAUGCCCAUGAACUUUCACUUUGUUACGUUUGUAAUGGAAGUAAACCACUGAUGUAAGGUCACGUUUCAUUUCAAAGCACACCGUUUUCUACAGACUGAUUAGCCAGUUUUCACGAAUGUCCAGUUUUUACUUCCAUUCGAACCCUCAAAAAUUGAUCCCAAACUGUCUCGAUAAAGCUUUCAAAGCAUUUGUUCAAAACUUCACUAACUUCAGAACGGCUAUUGGAGGAACAGGUUUUUGUGAACGAUUUUGGAAGAAAAUCCCAGUGCAAUGAAAAAAGAUCAGACCUUAAAAAAAUAAAAUAGGCCACGAUUUCAUUAGGUUAGUUUAGGUUGCUAUGACAGCUCCGAUGUCAAUAUCUCAUUUGUCAUGACAUAUUCGUUCAUCUUCUGAAACAGUUAUUGUAGUAAAAUUUUCCGUCGCUUCUCUUGACAUUCUUGAGCAUUCAAUAAAUGUAAACAAAAGGGGACUCCCCUCUUAAGUAAACAAUGAGCGUGAAAGUAUUAACCGUAACUAUGAGUCAUGUUCUAUUACAAAUGUAUAAAUAAAGAUUUUUUUCAAUUCUUGAUCAAUUAAUUGAUUUGGAUAAACAAUGAAUUGGACUGCGCGCUAUAAAGCAAUUAAUUAUAAGCUUCAUUCUCAUUCCCAGUUUUCCAGACGCGCUCUCGGCAUCAGGCCACCGCAAUAUCUCUUAGAACGCCUGGAGCAUUUUGAAUUCUUUGUCUCUGGAUUGUUUUUUUUCGUGCGAUCUCCUGUCUCAGCUGUGUCUCCGCUCCCAGCAUAACGUAAUCAAAGAGGAUCGCUCACCCGCAUUAUUUGGAAACACAGGUUUCUUUACUUGGGAUUGGUCGUCAAGUACUUUCCAAGGAGAUUAUUUGGUUGCAAAAGUAUUCCUAGUCGAUAAAACAACGAUCGACCGCUAAUUAAAGACAGGUGACAAAUACGGAAAAUGAGCGCGGCAAUCGUUUAUUAGACUAGACAAUCUUUUAAUUUAUUUUCAUAUUUUGCUGAACAAGUUCGGUAUAAUAUUAGAGUUGUCCAACUGUAAUCCCCACACACCCUUUUUUCGUGGCAGAUUUGGCUAACGCUGUAGUCUGCCAAAAUGUCAAAAGUAAUUUUUACAGUUUUUGCUCUGGCGGUGUUGUUGUCGAUGGAUGUGUUAAUCAUACCACACAGGAUGGUAGGUGCUCAUGAGGAUGUUGUGCCUUUACCAAGCGAAAACGCGCCAGACAAGAGCACCUUCGAAGGAACAUCCGUUAUCAUUAAAGAUGGUGAUGACAAUGAGAGAAAACUGGAGGAGAAAAUACUCUUUGAUGACGCAUCUUCUAAAGAAGAAACUGUUUUUGAAGCAAUGUAUGAACUUAAAGGUCAUCUGAUGAAGCUGGGAGAGCAAAGCCCAGUUAUCCUUGGUGAGGUAGAGGAUAUGACUUAUGUUCCAAGUGGGAGGGAUUUUUACAGCCACUUCAUAAAAAAGAGGAGGCCACUUGUGAUGCGAGGUGCUGCUGCUGAUUGGUCUGCUGUGAAAUAUUGGGCCAAUGAAACAUACAUGAGGGAGCGAUAUGGCCAUGUGGUCUUCGAUGUAGAGUUUACAAAGCAUUAUGAGAGAAUACCUCCCAUGAAAAGAACAAUGAACCUAAGCACAUUCUUAGAUAUUUUCAAAACCAAGCAAGUUUAUUUGGACUGCCCUUUUCCACAAUCUGACAUGACAAGCGAUAUAAUGGUGCCUUAUUGUCUUCAGUGCGAGGAGAUAAUGCCAAAUAUACAGAGUAUUCACCUACUUUAUAGCAGUGGUAACACAAGCUCUGCUCUGCACCAUGAUGGCUACCACAAUCUGCUCACUAUCAUUUCUGGGACAAAAGAAGUUCUCGUAGCGAGUAGCGACAGUGCAGAAAAAUUGUAUGCUAAUAAUUAUACAACUGUUCCUGGUUUGUCACCGGUCAAUCCUGAGUCAGUAGAUCUUAAAAAAUUUCCCAACGUUUCCAAAGUUGCUUUUCAUAAGGUGAGAAAAGCAAUUUUCUUUUGUAUUUCGUAUCACAUUGCACAACAAAAUGAUAGGGUAACGAGAGACUCAUUAGUCUUUCAUGGGUCAGUUCUUUGGAAUGGAGUUGAUAAAAAUGACAAAAUAACCAAAUAAAUUGUAAUGGAAUAAAAGCAUGACUUACUGCCCAAGAGUAUUUUAUAAAUUUACUGUACAUGAAUAUGUAUUUCAUUUUUGAAAGUUCAACUGCCUUGACUUUCUGAUAAAGAAGAAGUGACUCUAUGCAUUUCUUAGUAGAUCACAGGGCAUUGGAUAUUACUGGCAUGUGUAAAGAAAAAAAUUGGGGAAAGGAAGAUACAACCAGACCAUACAGAGAUAAAACAAUAGAAAAUUUUCUUCCCAAAAGCAAACAUGAAUCAUUUAUAGAAAUUGAUAUUUAUAGAUCAAAGCUUUUUGUUUAUUUGAACUACAUGAAAUAUUUUAUAGUAUAUAAUUAUUGUAAUAUAAUGUAGCUGACGUGGCUCAAUUUUAUCCUUUGUUUGAAUUUUAUUUCCCUUUGUUUUAAACUCAUUAUCAUACAUUACCAUACCUAAGAGCAAAGGGAAAUAAAAUUUAAACCAAGUAUAAAAUUGAACGACAACAUAGCCAUGCGUGUAUGACCACUACAACCUAUUAUUUGAUUGCAUGUGGUCAUUUUAUGCGUGAUGGGAUUAUAACUGCAUUAAUUUUUCUCCUCAGGUAUGACUUUCUGAAGUAAAAACAAUCAUGUGGUAGUCAGAGAUAACUUUUUGGAUUUCUUUAAAUUUUAGGUUGUUUUGAAUGCAGGUGACAUUUUAUACAUCCCACAGCACUGGUGGCAUCAUGUUCGAUCAUUUGAUUGUCCAAACAUUGCAAUCUCCCUGUGGUUUCAUCCUUUUAAACAGACAGAAGAUGAUGAUGAGCUUUUAUCAGGCGAGGAAGAAGACGUAAGAAAAAGGAUAUUGUACCAACUUACUAUUUACUUGCCUUAUAUUUGUGUCACCCCAUGUAAAACCUGGUUCUCAUAUGCCACCGAGCUACCUGCCAGAACUGCCUGGGACACCUUUCCAAUAUGAGAGCAGAAGACGCCAGCAACAGAGGCCAUGUCAGUCUUUACCGCCAGCACACAGGCAAAGUUGUCUCAAGUUCCACUUCUCAGGUACUUCGGCGGCAUAUGAAAACCAGGCUUAAAGUAAUCCAGAUUGUGGAAAUCCGGAAAUGUUUGCCUGUGGAUUCCGGAAUCUUGGUAAUUUUUGCUUGUGGAAUCUGGAAUCCUGGGCUUUGGAAUCCAGAAUUAAGCUAAAGGAAUCCAGAAUCCUGGUCAUGAUUGGAAUUCAGAAUCCAUGUUCCACUGACAAAGAAUCCAGAAUCCAGUACCUGGAAUCCAGAAUCCAAGACUAUCGUGGAUUUCCAUAUAUGGGGCGCUUUGUGGGGUUUUGUGCGCAUUGAUGUAAACAGUUAAGCUAAGACCUUUUUCUAGACACUGUAGCAACUACUUUAAGUAGUUUACCUGGAAAAAUCUUGUCUACAUGACAACUUGUUCACCUAAAAAAACAUUGUUAAUAUUAUUGUCUUAGUAUAUCAAAUUUUCCCUUCGUUAGUGUACUAUGUAUCAUUUAUUUGUGGAUUUAGAUUUUAAAAAAGUGUCUAACCUUAUUACAUGUAAACUAUCAUAGAUACUAAUAGACUGAUACUAAGCAAUUAAACAUGUAUCCUGAUACCUAUAGAUACCCUUCUUGACAGAUCUGUACUUAGCUUAGCAUUCAUUUCUUGGUUUUUCAUGCUGCUAAUCCGGGGCACCCAACAACUGUUUUCUGUAAAAUAUCUGUUCGGAGAAGGAAAUGUUGCCAAGAAUUUUCCAUUGCUCCAGGACGGCUACAAAUUUCAUGUACAAUUUUUGAAACUUGUCUAAUAAAUUCCCUACGAUUAAUUCUGAAGCUUUAUUUUUCACAUUUUACUCUCCAAGUAAUGCUUGUUUUGUAGAAAAAAGAAACGUAAAAUUUUGAUUGAGACAGGAAUCAGAAAAAUUCCACAUUCAUAUAUGGUAAAAUGAUAUACUGCAUCUAAAAUGUUUCGGAAAAAUAAUACUGAAGUCCUUGUAAUUUCAGAAAGACGCACCCUUCCCUAGGAUGUCCAAACUGAUACAAAUUUUAAAGCGUCGCUUAGAAUGUAUUUCUAUAGAUUGAAAACUACACUAGAUAGCCUAAAAAAGGUUUUCAACUGAUUUAGGAGGAAAUCGUCAUUGGGUGCCCGCCCCUGGCUAAUGUGGUAAAAGGAUUGGAAAUUUCUUUAGUGACAAUCAUAGUUAAUGUCCAUUUUUUUUUAUCAGACAAGUGACUUUGAAGAUGUAGUGUACACCUCAAAAUUGUUUGACAAAGUUGUUGAAACAUAUCCAGACACAAUCAAGUGCCACUCACAGAACAAGCCAAUCACCGAGGCCUUUCGUCCACAUUCGGAUGCCUUGGAUACACCUGAGGAACCCAUACAUGAAGGCCUUUUUGUUACUCUGUCCAGUGGAUACAAGAGUAAGGAAGUACUCUAUAACUUAUAUGCAUUUUGUGAAGAUUUUUAUUUCUUAGCUGAAUACUUGUCAUUGUGGAUAGUAGAGCAUUUUCAAUUUUUGUUAUAAGUACAAAGUUUUUCAAAAGGCCAUCAAAAAUAUUUGAUGAAAAAAAGUUCAAUAGAAAAAAAUAUCCAGCUACAGUGUGGCUCCCUGUUUGUGCCAUCCUUCAACAAAAUUCCCCAAAAGUCCUCUGAAAAAUCUGUGAGCAAUCUCUAUUUCGGAAAUAUUGUGGAAAGUCACCCAUCAGCACCACUUUUGUGUUCUGUCAGGGCUCAUGGCUCCCUUCUCUCGCCACUGAAAAUAAAGAGCUUGCUUGCAUGCUAUCCUCUGAAGAGGUUAUCCAAGCAGGGUUGUCACUAAGAUUGAAGUUGCCAGGUACAUAUAACAAGUAGGCAGGGAAUCAAACAGCUAGGGAUUUCUUUUGGUUCCAUUUUUCAUUUAUUUUUCAAUGAAAGUAGCUGGGGGCUACAUUCAUAGUAGCUGGGGGAAAUUCCCGCUAAGAUCACAGUUUUUUUCUAUUCCAUGAUUUUUUCUAUUUCGCUAACUAAGGGCUUACACUAAAACAAAGACAAAUGAUUUAAUUUUUUGAAACGAAAAGCUUCUUGUUUACAAGAUCAUCACCAUUUUACAAAUAGAAGUGAUUAUAAAGUAAGACACAACCUCACACACAUUGAGACAAACUUAAAAACAAAAAAGCAGGCCGCCUUUUUUCAAGUUUACCUCAGUGUAAUACGUUUUAAUCUUCUACAGUUUGGCCCAUAUAUGUUCGUUACUGUUCUUGAGCUGUAUUUCUUUUGUGUUCCUCUAAAUAAUUUUGCCAAAGUUAUUUCAAUCAGGAGCCUCCUGUUUUAAUAUAUCAGUGAUUUUUGUGAUCGUUUGGUGGGUCUUGAAGUUGCCUAAAAUAGCGUGGUGACUUAAAGUGUGGCGCCUAGAACACUCGCAAACGCAAACUGAACCCAAUAAGUUUUCAAAGAAUUACAUCUGCUAAGUUAACACUGAAUAAAACGCUGUCUUUUUGCCUUGUUUCCCUCCACAGUGCCUAAGCUUGGUUUUGGUACAGCUGGUUUGUUUGAAGACACUAAGUCAUCUGUUUUGUCAGCGUUAAAUACUGGAUACAGGUAUUUUUUGUUGAUAGUUAAUUCCAUCAUAUUAUUUACCAAUGUCUGGCCCAAUGAUAUUUGCGAUGUAGUAGUUGAGAAAAAAAUAAAUUAAAUAGUUUACGAAGAAGUAUCAAACUGGACCUCUGGCAUUUAACUAAAAGAUUAAACGCACGCAUGAGAAACAAUCCCGCGAAAGCGCGUGCGAACCCACCUUCGUGGCUUCGCCUGCUCUCUCGCGCUUCCCUCCACUGCCCCUCCCCAACAGAAAGCGCUAGCUACACAGGUUACUUUUUGAGGUCUGAAAUCAACCCCUCCCCCCCUUCCGCCCAGCCUUCCUAGAGUUCUGAGUUAAGUACCGCUGAAAGCUGUUUUGGUGAGUGCCAGGUUCUAAUCAUUCAAAGCAUUAAAUGUUAUAGAGGACAAAUACGACUUAAAAGAUUAUGUAAUCUUGUGUAAAUAUACAAAAUUGAUACAUAAAUAAAAUGAAAAAUCAACGAGCUAGACAGCGACACUAUUACUUUCCCAAUUCUACCACUGGGAUUACCUUAAGUCGCAAGAUUCUCGCAAAACACCGCUAACGCGAGAACCGAUACCUCUUAAAAUAUAAUUCGGUUUUCUUCUUUAAAUGUAAAUGGGCUUCUUUUUGAAGUGCAUGGGUGUGCGCACAUUUUAACUCUAGCAUUAAACUGCUGCUUUUAAAACGUUUUCAGAAUGAUUGAUUCUGCUCAAGCUUAUAAUGAAGAACACGUGGGCUUAGCUCUGAAGGAAAGUGGAGUACCAAGAGAAGAAGUUUUUAUUGUUUCCAAAGUUCAUCCUCGUUUUCUAGGAUACGAAGAAACACUCAAAUCUGUCGAAGAGUCCCUAAAAAAACUCCAGGUACAGAUUUGAUCUAGCUUCUUGAGGCCCGUUUACAAGCACAAGCGAUUUUCGUGCGAUGUUUGGGGCGAUUGAAGGCGUAAUUUCAAAUCGGUGGCUGAUUUUACCAAAAACCUGUCUUGGGGAAUGUGUUGACAAGUUCUGCGGUAAAUUCUGCAUAUAAAUUCAAAGCGACGGGAAAUAGAAAGAAAAUGCAGUUAAAUUGCCGGUGGAAACCGGCAUUAGCUUAACAUUCUUUAUUGAGUAGCAGCCACAGAUUUGUGUAACCAUUUAAUCCAGUCACACACUUGAGCGCGAUCCGGCUUUUUUGAAGUCUCUCUUGCAUUUUUAUCCACCGCGUUCAAGUUGUGUAGCUGCACUGUUUUAUCAAGCUUGCUUUUUCUUAAAUGAAUUCUCUUUCUCAGUUUGGAGUUUCCAGUAUUUUGGGAUCACUUUAUUCUAUGUUACUCGAAGCUGCUGCAUUUCUUUAUUUUUUGUCAUCUUAGAGGCCUUUUAGUUUUGUCUUUCAACAUUGCAUUUCAAAGGUAGUUUCUGCUUUUUCCUUUUCCGAGUAGUUUAAAGGUAACAAGUCCCUUUGCAUCCCCUUGCAAGUCCCCAACUCAAUGCAGGUGUUUGACAGAUUCGUUCUGUGUUCUCCUAAACCUUCUUUAGUAUUUUUCGGACUUGGCCAAUAAGCACAUUCCAUACUCCCGGUGGGGGAUUCCUCUGGAAUAUUUGGCUGAGUGUGUGCGGUAUGCUUAACUAAACGGCGUUAUCCUAUUUCAGAACCAAAUAAUUUAUGUUAUUUUCCCUACCCUAUUUAGACCAGAAUCCCUGUUCUCAAGAGGCACGUUGUUUAAGAACAAUACCCAAUUUCAGGCCAUGGUCCCAGACAGCACCAAACCACACCCUUUUUCACACCUAAACGGCUUAAUUCCAUCCCCAGGAAGUGAGGCGACAAACACCGGACCCACUGAGAUUUCACCUUGGCUAGAGCUAACAUAUUUGUCGAUAAUCUUGUGUUAACUGUUAUAGGUCAGCUAUAUUGAUCUGAUGUUGAUCCACUCCAUGGAUUGCGAUGAGGGACCUGGUGCCCACUUGAUUUGUCAGAAGGGAGAACCCAAAGGAACUUGGGAAGAUUCAUGGAAGGCUCUAGAAUCACUGGUUGACAAAGGUAAAAACACCAUGUUUUAAAUAAUUGUUUUCUUUUCGUCUUUCUGCACCACCCCCCCCGCCCCACCCCCUUAAAUUUUCUUUUAGACUGAGUGCAAUCUACUCAGUUCAUUAAAGAGCAUUUUCAAUUCCAUUUUGAUAAAAAAAAAUUUUCUUAUCAGUCUCCCCACGUUAAGGUAAUCCAAGCGAUUGAGUGAAGAAAUAAAUUUUUAAAACCGUUAGCGAUAAACGCGGAUUUCUGCGUGCCAGCAAGUUUCUUUGUUACUAUUAGCGGAGCACCAUGGGUAAGAAAAUUUGGUUAUCUAUGCAUCCCAGAAAUUUUGUUAGUCACGUGACCGUAGUCUACCCGCCCACCCGUGCGUCCUUCCGCACCACAGGCAUACCAAUGUAGAAUAACUCAAUCAACAGGUAUGGCAACCCAAAUGCAACUCCAGGUUUUUGGCGCGAAAUCGCGUGGCCACCUGGACUUUUAGAGGGAAAAUACGGCAACAAAGUCGAGGCUUUGUUUUACACUGACGUGGAUAACAGGGAAAGAGCUAGAGCGAAAGAUAAAAAUCAAAGGAGACGAAUUUUGUUGGAAAAACAACGUGAGAAUUUUAUAUCGGCGGUCAGAAAAUGAGAAAUGCUAGCAGUCACCAAGCUGCAGCCAGCAAGUUAAAAAUGAGCGGCAGUGAAAAAAUAGCAAACAGGAACACACGCAACAAAAUAUUUUUUUCCAUCAAAUGCGUAACUGAGGGGUGGUACCAAAUCCCAGUUCCCAGCCAAAGUUUGGUCCAAAUCCCAAUCAACACUCUGAAAUCCCAUUCUCAGUGUUUGCGAACUGAUGCGCGUAAUGAAGUAAAUACUUUAUUUCAAUCACCAUAGUUAACUGAUCAUCGGGGAACACUUACCAAAUAUAAUCAGACACCAUUUUGAUCUCUGUCACACUCAAACAUGCGCAUGUUAUUCAUCCGAUAGCAAACUGCUGAAGUAACCAGACCAGCUAACUGGGUGCAAAAAAUAAGAAAAACUGGUAUGACCCUAUGUUUCUACUGAGGUCUACUGGUACAGAAUAUCAUUUCUUUUAUUUCAAAAAAUAGACUCUUUUGAGCAUUUGUAUCAAAUAAUAUAGUCGAAGAUCGUGAAAGGAGAAAAACUCCUUUCCCAUUUGAGAAACUGUUUAGCCCUUUCCAAGUGGUUAAAUCCCAGCCCCAGUGCAGUAAAUCCCAUUUUUCCAGUACAUAAAAGUUUAAUCUCAGUUCUCAUUUUACCCCCUCAGGGCCCUCUUUAUAUACUUUCGUGGUCUACUUUCAACUUUUUUCAAGCUGAAGCCACGGAAAACUUUUAUUUAAUGCGGAUCAUAAUUAUUCUCGCUGUUUAUAAGCUCUUUUUGUUACGUAGGUGUAAUCCGAAGUAUUGGUGUCAGCAACUUUGAAGUUCAAGAUCUACGGCGUCUACUGGAAAUUGCUAGUAUUCAUCCGUCAGUCAUUCAGAAUCCUUUUGAUGUCUUCAGUCAGGAUCUCGAAACACGACAGUUCUGCGACAAAAAUAAUAUUCGAUACACGGGACACAGGUAUACAAACCCUUUCUAUCUCUAUAAAGAGCUGAUUCGUAUAAUCGCACUUAAGCUCUACCUUUUACUCUUUAAAGUAGAUUUAAGAGAGAGAACUGCUAUAUCGUAAUACAAGAAAUUCCUAAGUACAGCUAACACAAAUGUUACCAAGAAGUGAAAGAAGAAAGAGGCUAUUCUGUUACAUAUUGCGCUUAUUAAGUGAACAUUUCGGGUAGCAUCAAGGUGGCUCGAUACGCCUUUACUGUAAAACACGAGUUGCAAAAAUCAACCUUUGAAAUUCAAACGCCAGUAGUCAUAGGUUUGGUUUGUUCCCACUAGCAUCGAGGGUCUCUCUUCUGUCCUUAUACCAGUUCAUGUGUCUCUAUUAAAACAGCACUGAGGAUUUGGAAAUUCCAAGCAGACUCAUAAACCUAUUCAGGCUAGCCUGUGAACAAGCCCCCAGUCUUGUAAAGCAAAUGACGAAGAGAAAGCUAGAAAGCCCGAGGAGAUGAGGAGCGGAGGGGGCCUGUGCUACGUCCCACACCAUGCCCCUCGGGAGCCUUUUCACCGCCUACUUCAGGUUAAUAACCUGUAAGACUCUAGGCUCCUAUACUGAUUAUCAUAUGUUUAAAUUGAUAAUUUAACAUUUAUCCCUGAAGAGCCUUAUAUGGGAUGGAUGCGACGCUCCUCAACCGGAAGUAAGGCUCUUUACCGUUUCAUAUACCUUGACGCUACCACAUUCGUUUUGCUAAGUGUCUUUACUUUUCUUAUCCACACGAUGCCAAAAAAUUUUGGCGAAAAACAAUGCUCAAGAAUCAAAAAAGUCCACUUUCGGUUGACUUGCGUCGCUCAAAAACGCCGUUUCUUAAGCUCCCUAUUUACACUUGCAUAAAAUUCGGCACACUAAUAUGUCAGGAGCCUUGGAAGUUUUUUGUGUUAUUCUCUCAGUGUUUAAAAUGAUACUUGAGAAAGAAAUCUGCGAGCUAAGCUCAAACUUUUACCUUCAAUUAACAGCACACUUGGAGACUCGUGGAAAAGGGAAGGCAUGCCUCUAAACCCCGUACUUUCCGAUGAAGGUCUCCGAAAAAUCGCCUCCAAAUUCGACGCAUCUAUACCUCAGCUUGUAUUAAAGUGGUGUCUGGAGAGUAAUGUUAUUUGUUUCCCACGUUCUCGCAACCCAAAUCACAUCCAGACAAACUUUCACUUGUCUCACGUGCGGCUAAACCAGCAAGACCUGGAGUAUUUUGAAAGUCUGGAUGGAAAAAUAAUCACUCCCGAAGAUGGUCCACCGUUCGAUUCUCGUGCAAAGCCGAGCAGUUCCGAUCAGGAAAUUGCCGAAGAAAGAAAAGCUGCAGAUGAAGGCGCAAGUAAUGAGGAGAAGAGUAUCAAUGGUAAAGUCGUCUUAGUAGAAAAGGUUGAUCUUAAGGAUUCAACAUUGUACCUUAGCUCUGAUGAUCACUGGAUUUACGCUUUUGACUCUGCAAUGGGAAAAUUGAAAUGGAAGCAUGGCACAGCUGAUGAAGGCGGUUCAAAAUGCGUCUUCAACUCAGACGGCAAUAUCGUGUACUGCGCAACAGACGACAAUUCACUUCGUGCACUCGACGCCAUCGACGGUUCCCUUAUAUGGAAAUUUUCCACCGGCGGAGCCGUGACGUCUUCAACUCGACUUGGUGCGGAUGGCGCUCUCUAUUUCGGAUGUUUGGACGGCUUUUUCUAUGCUGUCAACCCUGACGGCUCUUUAAAGUGGAAGCGGAACUUGCGCGAAGAAAUCUGGUCAUCCCCAGCUCUUCUCGCAGGCGGCAAAGCUGUUUUCAUUGGCUCGAUGUCCGAGGGCUCAGCUAAUGUCUUCUCGCUUAAUGGUGAAACAGGGGAGAUAAUAUGGUCGUACGAAACGGGUGGACCUAUAUUCUCUUCCCCAGCAUUAAGCCACGAUGGCAACUCUGUGUUUUUCUGCUCCUUUGACGCCAACUGUUAUGCGUUUGCUGUCCAAAGUGGGGAGAAACUCUGGACAUUCCAAGGGGAUUCAAGCUUUCAGUCAUCGCCGGUUGUUAGCAAAGCAGAUGGCACUCUCUUUAUUGGGUCAACAGAAGGGAACAUUUAUGCUCUGGAUUCGACUUCUGGAAAAGAGAAAUGGACACGGCAAGGUAUACAUUAUUAUUAUUAUUAUUAUUAUUAUUAUUAUUAUUAUUAUUAUUAUUAUUAUUAUUAUUAUUAUUAUUAUUAUUAUUAUUAUUAUCUUGUUUACCUUAAUUUAUACCAUAAUACAACAUAAUAGCCGAGCCCAUUCCUAAGCGGUCAGUGUAAAACGCAGACUGCGGACUGCAGACUGCAGACUGCGGACCAGGGGUAAAAAAUGCAGACUGCAGACUAAAAGUAAAACGCAGGCUGGGGUAAAAUGCAGACCGAGCAUAAACUGUAGUCGUGGAAGGGUUUAAGGGCAAAAAAAUCCCGCAAAUACAUGUAAACGAACACUUACUUGAUGACAUCUGCUUUCACAAAUCCAUUCCUUUCUUCUCUGGAACGUCGUCGACGACCCGAAAACAUAAUCGCAAUCCUGAACCUUUUUUCCAUCCGAGAGACUUCACGCUUCAACUUUUGAUGCGAAGUUUUCGAUAUACGUCACCAGGGACCUUGAACUGGUACAACACCACGAUGUUUACGCUUAAAUGAAAGCUGCUGACCCAAAAUACUGUACAGGAAUUAUGGCGAUAAAAACGGGAGUAAGUCAUUCCAACAAUAAAGAAAAGAUGUUCUGCAAGAAAUUUGGAUGACCUUCUAUGAAAGUAUUGCAAAUCAAGGUACGCAGACUUAAGCUGCUUGGAUGUUCAUUGAAACUUCUGGCGAAUGUGCAAUUCACUUCGACUAGGAAGCGAAGUGUGUAACUCAUACAGGCUAGCUAUUUCACCGAUUUGAAGAAGAAGGAGCACAAAUGUUUAAAAACGUCUACAGUCUUUAUUCUAAAUUUUACCCUAGCCUGCGUUUUACUCUUAGUCUGCAGUCUGCAUUUUACACUCAGUCUGCAUUUUACCCCUGGUCCGCAGUCUGCAGUCCGCAGUCUGCAGUCCGCAGUCUGCGUUUUACACUGACCGAUUCCUGAGGCCUAGGGUUAGAAUGGAUGGAGAGUGUCUUUCUUACAUGUGAGAUGUUCCAAGUAGUGUAAUCCUCUGUAGUUCACAUUAAUACUAGGAGUGUAUUGAAAGAACAAAAUUUGACUUGUACUCUGAUUCCAUGUAGAACAUUAUGUACAUUCAGAUUUUCUCGAUUUAGGAAAGUAAGAGUCAGUGAAAGGAAGUUGUUCUUCUCCAAACCGGCUCGGGCAUGUUCUUAGCAUGUUCUUUAUAUACUGGCAAAUUUCAGGCUGAACGUUCAUAUAAAAAAGUUCUUUCAAAGUAAGAGUGUAAACCUCGAUAAUAGUGGUAAUAGUUUAAACAAGUACCCAGUUUUCAAGUUUUAUGCCCUUUUGCAGUUACGUAGCUCAUAAUAGUAGCGGGUGAUAAGAAUCAGUUUGUUUCACUUAAUUAAUUUGCCUCAAAGGCAGUUAAUUAAAUCGUUGUUGUAUUAAGUAGCCCCUGAGUUAUUUAAGAGGCAUGUGACGCUCGUAUGCAAAAAAUUGCAAAGUGAUUAAUUUCUUUCGCCAAAACGAAGCAAACGGGUAUUUUUUUUCUACGUUUUCUUUUCUGUUUUUCUGUUUUAUGAUUUAUUCUUUUCUUUGUUCACUGGGGUGUAAGGUUUUUGAAUAUUUAACAAGGCCGGUUUACACUUGGUAUAUAUUUUUGUACGAUUGAUAUGGCGAUUUAAGAAAAUCGCCAGUAUUUCAACCAAUUUUCAGAUCGGAUCCGGUAAGUACCAGGAUUUUAGAGUAAGGGGCCCCUUCUUCACCCGUUCCGGCGCAGUGCUUACCCUGCGAGCAGAGUUUUCUUUCUGGCAUGGCUUUUAAUAUUUACGUAGUCGUUCGUGCCGUUUGUCAGUCGUCCCGAGAGAUAAAGAGAAACCAACUAGGCGACUCACAAGCGGCACGAACGACUACGUAAAUACUAAAAGCCAUGCCAGAAAGAAACCUCUGCUCGCACGGUGUCUCGGAAAGGAAAAUGACGUAUUGUCUUGUGUUAAUGUUAUUAAAUUUCCUCCACUGUAAGUGUCGCUGCCUGCGUAGCUCAGCCGUGAUCGUCUAGUGGUUAGGACACUGCGUUGUGGCCGCAGUAACCCAGGUUCGAAUCCUGGUCUCGGCAUCUUUUUUUUUCCUUCUUUCUUUCAUUGUUUUUCUUUUUUUUAUCCUACUUUUUCGCUUAAAUUUUUUUUCUUUUUUUUUUUUUAAUUUUCCUUUAAUGCACGUAUCAUUUUUAGUGUUCUUGGUAGAAAUCGAAACUCGGCUAGCUGUUUUGACCGUCAGCAAACAACUUCCGUUCCUCUGUGAAUGUAUUCUUUGUCAGAACAAACACACGGGGAAAAUUCAGAGACUCUUUUUAAGACAAAACGUAAAUUAAAAUAGAAAAAAAUUAAAUUUAAAAGGGCGAAACGAGCUGACUAGCGCUUUUCGAUCGUGCAAAUAUAAACCGCAAACGAUCGCACGACAGUUUUGUCGCUUACGUCUUUCGGUCACUGUUACUUGGGAGACAUUCUGGAUGGCCCUGCUGUCUGUGAUAAUUUCUACAAUUUGGCUGGCUUAUCUAGUCUUUCAAUGGCCAAACACACUGCCUACAAGUUACCUAAAAUCUGGAAUCUGGAACAUGGAAUCAGGAGUACAAACUGUAUUUACAUUUCCUCCCGCGCCAUCAAUUUGAAAGUUAUUUAUGCUAAGCAUUCGGAAAUGAGUGUAUACAAGACGUUUAUCACCAUAGGACAACUUGUACUCGUGCACUCACCCCGCACGCACUAACUUGCAGAACAUGCGUUUAUUUUUUGGUAAUUUUCAGGCGAUCCAAGUAACCCCGGAACCCCUCGACGCGCGUGUCUCAAGCUGCAUGCCUCACUGGCCUUGCCUUUUGCCUUCGUGCGCUUGACGCGAAACAAUAUUUUAAAAGGCCUGUCCUGCAGGUUAGCCCCACUCCGGCACCGUUCCUGAUUUCUCCCGUGGGUACAUGAGAAAAUAUAGGCUUAGUUUUUUUUUUCCUUUCUUUAAACAGGCAAGGGUGAAAUAUUUUCUUCACCGUUCGUUGCACCUAACGGCAAUGUUUACAUUGGUUCUGGAGAAGGAGAGGUUCUAGCUCUUCGUCAGGCUGACGGGGCUUUAGUAUGGAGUUUUAAGACGGAGUCAUCGGUCUGGUCUACACCUCGUUUGGAAAAAAGUGGCCUCUUGGUCAUAGGCGGUAUAGACACCUAUUUGUACGCAUUGCGAGCAGACGACGGACAGUUGGUGUGGAAGUACAAGACAGAUGGGCCAGUGGUGGGAACACCGCUGAUCACCCGUGAGCAUGCAGUGGAACAAGACUAAGACAUUUCAUUUUAAUUAAGUACACCAUCAUAAGACAAUAAAUAGACCAUUAUUAAUAAAUAUGCCUUACAGCUUGUACGCAUUGCUGUCCAAGUUUUGAUUAUAC